AUGACACGUGGUUUAGGCAGGGCGGCUUUCCUCGCAAAACCACCCCAGGCCAACGACUCGAAAUAUGGUUCGCGCUUGGCAAUACGCAGCAAACACGUCACUUUCUGGCAUAUACCGAGGAACGAUCGCAAGAGACGCCAGACCGAGGAUGAUACCUCCUCGGUGGAGUUCAUAUGCAGCAAGAAGGUGAAAAGGGAUGCCAAGAGCGCCGAAAAGGGCCCUGGCCCGCCGUCGUCAUCCAUUAACACCGGUCCAUCUGCUCAAUCUCGUCUGUCUCCUCGAACUUGUCCGUCGAUCCAGGCUGGUCCGCCAACUGAUGCUGGCCUGUCUCGUCCGUCUACUCAGUCUGACCCGUCCACUCGCCCUGCUCUUGCUACUCUGUCCGCUUCAGCUGGCCUGCCGCGACGACCCAUCCAGGAGUCGGGGAUGGUACGGGACAUCACCAGGACAUUUGAAGCCAGAGUGACUUUGGCGGAGAAAGUGGCCCUGAAGGCGAGGAGGGAACAGAAUGAGGACGUAGACGCAUGGGAACGCGACAAGAGGACACUGGAGGCCCAGAAGACCCGCCUCGAAGGGCAGGUGAAGCGACUCCGCGUGUACAACGAGCUUGGGUCCCAGGCAAUGUUGGUCGCGGGCGCGAUGGAAAGUCUCAUCCUCGACCAGCGAGACCAACUGUUCCGAUUGACCGGAGACGAAGAAUUUCGAAAGUUCCCCGAGGAGAGAGAGCAGCUGCGUCGGCUCCGCAAGAGAUACGCACGGGCGGACGGGGAUUAUGACGAGCCCACGGACGGCAAUCCAAACUGGCAUGAGGCCUGGAGGAUCCGGGGAGGCCGCAAGGACCCGGAGGCUCGUCAGAUGGAGGGGGGGUCUCCAAUUCUCUUGUCUCCAUCGAGCACAGCGGCCUCCUCCCCUGCCAAUCUGUGGCCGCCGCGGCGGGGUGAUUCAUCUACCCCGGUUCAUCCAGGCAUAGAUAACGGCGAGGAGGAUGUUGAUGCCUGGUAG